UUACAAGGAAGAUAAGUCUUACUGAACUUAACGUUAGUUGCAUGCGAAACGUCACGUCAAAAUGUUGUCGACCCAACGAAAUAAACUCGUUGUCAUCGCUGUGUGUAUGCUGUUGAUUGUAAUUUAUGUGCCAAUAUAUUUAAUCUAUGAGCAACUGUUGCAGUUGAUUGCAACUGCUGCUUUGCUCUAUGCCGCACUCGAUGAGAAAGCGCGCUUUCGGCCUCUGUUGAUACUCUGCUGGCUCUGCUCAACGCUCAUAAUAAUGAGUCACAUGAGCUAUAGGAGCAUGUUUUGCUUAAGGCAUCUUUUGUUCGAGAAAACUGAUCUAAUUGUAUCAUUGCCCUGGACGUGGUUUUCGUUUAACAAGUUGGCUCUUAUUGGCUAUCUGAUGUAUUAUGUCUAUGCGGUAUACGAACAGUUGAGCUUGAGCAAAACGAAUGAAGCCGAGACGCAAACUUUGCAGUCGGAGUCGAUGACAAAUACUGAGACCGUUGAAGUGAAUGUGUCUUAACUGAUAAGCUUAAUAAAAUUACCAAUUGUAAUCUAUGACAGAUAGCAAGGCUGAGAGAGAGAUAGAGAGAGAGACAGGGAGCGCGGCAGCUAAACUUGGGCUGAUAAAAAAUAUAUAUUCGCUUAUGCUUACUCAUCCAGUGAAGAGCGAGCAUAUUAGUUGCAGU